UUUAGUGACACUGAGUGCUUAGUGUUGAGUAAAAAAAGUGACUUGUGUUUUUUUUUUUUCCUUCAGCAAAAAUGUGUACGAAAAAUCAAAGAAUUGUGUGCGAGAAUCUUGCAAUUCCGGGUAAAAAGGAUAUUGAUUAUUUGCUACCCAGUAAACAAGUAUUAGAGCCCACAUUAUGUACUGCUCAGGCAUGUUUAGGAAGCUUAAUGGCAAUGAGUGGUCGUCCUGCUGGCGAAUCACGACCAAAAGACGAAGUAUUGCAUCACGCAAAAGAUUUUUUAGAACAAUAUUUUACAUCUAUCAGACGUUCGAACAGCCCUGCACACGUGGCACGUUGGGAACAGGUGCAAAAGGAAGUAGAAGCUACCGGCUCAUAUCAACUCACUGAAACUGAACUUGUUUAUGGUGCAAAGUUAGCGUGGCGAAAUUCAGCUCGAUGCAUCGGUCGUAUACAGUGGUCCAAAUUGCAAGUAUUUGAUUGCCGAUAUGUGACCACUACUAGUGGAAUGUUUGAAGCAAUUUGUAAUCAUAUAAAAUACGCUACCAACAAGGGUAACAUAAGAUCUGCUAUUACAAUUUUCCCUCAACGAACUGAUGGCAAACAUGAUUAUCGUAUAUGGAAUCAACAAUUAAUAGCAUAUGCUGGAUAUAAACAACCCGAUGGAUCAAUUAUUGGUGAUCCAGCGUAUGUUGAUUUUACUGAUGUAUGCUUGAAACUUGGUUGGAAAGGAAAGGGUACACAACAGGAUGUUUUACCAUUGGUAUUACAAGCAAAUGGCCAUGAUCCUGAUUAUUUUGAUUUACCAUCCGAUAUAGUAAUGGAAGUUCCUAUAACACAUCCCACUUUAAAAAUUUUUGAAGAGAUGAAGCUACGUUGGUUUUGUGUACCAGCCGUAUCUGGUAUGAUGUUCGAUUGUGGUGGUAUUGAAUUCACAGCAGCACCAUUUAAUGGCUGGUACAUGAGCUCAGAAAUUGGAUGCCGUAAUUUCUGUGAUGUUCAGCGGUAUAAUUUACUUGAAAAAAUUGCAAAAGGAAUGGGUUUGGACACUCGUACACCGGUCACAUUAUGGAAAGAUAAGGCAAUGGUUGAAUGUAAUGUUGCUGUGUUACAUAGUUUCCAAAAAGGAAACGUAACAAUUGUAGAUCAUCAUACCGCAUCCGAAUCCUUUAUGAAACAUUACGAAAAUGAAUUACGUUUACGUAGCGGUUGUCCAGCUGAUUGGGUAUGGGUUGUACCACCAAUAUCUGGAUCUGCCACGCCAGUAUUUCAUCAAGAAAUGGCCAUGUAUCAUCUAAAGCCUAGUUAUGAAUAUCAGGAAAAGGCGUGGUUGUGUCAUGUAUGGAAGAAAGGGCGUGAAAUAGGAUUGUGUAAAAAAACUCAACGAAAAUUCCACUUUAAGCAAAUUGCUAGAGCUGUUAAAUUUACAUCCAAAUUAUUUGGAAGAGCGCUAUCACGAAGAAUUAAGGCCACUGUUUUAUAUGCCACGGAAACUGGCAAAUCUGAAGCAUAUGCUAAGAAAUUAGGUGAAAUAUUUGGUCAUGCAUUUAAUGCUGAAGUUCAUAAUAUGUCUGAUUACGACAUAUCAAGCAUUGAACACGAAGCAUUAUUACUUGUAGUAACAUCCACGUUUGGUAAUGGUGAUCCACCAGAAAAUGGAGAAACUUUUGCACAAAAUUUGUAUACAUUAAAAUGUAAUGAAUCAAAUUUAGAAAAUGGUGAUCAUAAGUUAAGUAUGGCAUCUUCAAAAUCAUUUAUCAAAGCAAAUAGUCAAACUGACAUGGGUGCAAAAAAACAUUUAGACAGAUUGGAUUCAUUACGAGGAUCGCUAAGCGAUAAUUUUGCUGAAGAAAUAUUUGGACCACUAAGUAAUGUUAGAUUUGCAGUGUUUGCUCUUGGAUCAAGUGCAUAUCCCAAUUUUUGUGCAUUUGGAAAAUAUGUAGAUAAUAUUUUAGGCGAAUUAGGUGGAGAACGUUUAUUGAAAAUGGCUACUGGAGAUGAAAUGUGUGGUCAAGAUCAAGCAUUUAAAAAAUGGGCACCAGAAGCUUUUAAAGUGGCAUGUGAAACAUUCUGUUUGGAUGAUGAUGAUACAUUCUUAGAUGCGACAAGAGAAUUAGCUUCAGAAGCUUUGACUGUAUCAAAUACACGAUUCCAUGAAACUGAAAAAGUUGAUUUAGUAACAUCAUUAGCUAAUUGUCACAGUCGUAAUGUUUCUGUUUGUAAAUUGUUGAAAAAAAGUAAUCCACAUGGAGAACAUUCUACCUCGCGAGCAACCUUGCUUAUACAACUCGAGAGUGAUUUACAUUAUUUACCUGGCGACCAUGUUGGUGUAUUCCCUUGUAAUCGAUCAAAUAUUGUUGAGGGUGUAUUGAAAAGGCUGCAAGGUGUUGCUGAUUUUGAUACGACUUUAGAAUUACAAGUACUUAAGGAAAGUCAUACUCCAAAUGGUGUUGUGAAAACAUGGGAACCACAUGAUAGAAUACCAGCUUGUUCGUUACGAGAUUUAUUCACAAGAUUUUUAGAUUUAACAACACCACCAACAACAAACCUUUUGCAAUAUUUUGCAUCUAUAGCUACAGAUAAAGAAGAUCAAGAAAGAUUAACUACCUUAUCAACUGAUUCUGCUGCUUAUGAAGAUUGGAGACAUUGGAGAUUCCCACAUUUAUUAGAAGUAUUAGAAGAAUUUCCAUCAGUAAAUCCUAAUGCGGCACUUUUAGUUGCACAACUAAGCAUAUUACAACCACGAUUCUAUUCGAUAUCAUCUAGUCCUGAUAUAUGCAAAGGUCAAAUACAUUUAACUGUAGCUGUAGUUACAUACCGAACGGAAGAUGGACAAGGUCCCGUUCAUUAUGGUGUUUGUUCAAAUUAUUUACAAGAUGUUCCAGAAACUGAGGGUGUUUAUAUUUUCCAUAGAAGUGCACCAAGUUUCCAUAUGCCUGAAUUAUCAAAACCAUUAAUAUUGGUGGGUCCAGGUACUGGAAUUGCUCCAUUUAGAGGAUUCUGGCAGCAAAGACUGCAUCAUAUUGUAAAUGAGAAAAAGACAAAUGUUGGACGAAUGUGGCUGUUCUUUGGAUGCAGACUACGUGCGUUAGAUUUAUAUAAGGAAGAAAAAGAAGAAAUGAUUCAACAAGGAGUAUUGCAACGCGUAUUCUUAGCGUUGUCCAGAGAAAAAAAUAUACCAAAGACCUAUGUACAAGAUUUAGCUUUGGCGGAGGCUAAGGAAGUGUAUAAAAUAUUGGUGGUUGAAAAAGGACAUUUUUAUGUUUGUGGAGAUUGUACAAUGGCAGAGCAUGUGUAUCAAACAUUGAAAAAAAUUAUUCAACAAUGUGGACAUAUGAGUGAUGAAGAAUGUGAAACUUAUAUGCUUAAACUUCGAGAUGAAAAUCGAUAUCAUGAAGACAUUUUUGGAAUUACUCUACGUACAGCAGAAGUACAUAAUAAAUCACGUGAAUCUGCACGAAUUCGUAUGGCAUCAGAACCAUAACACUAAACGACAUCAUAUAUCCGAUUCUAAAUUAAUACUAGAUAUGAAAAUUUUUAAACUAUAUGCUAAUAAAUCAUUUUAACUAUUAAGCUCAUUAAAAGUAUGAAAUAAUUUAUUCUUAAUGGCGAGUUCAAUUAAUUGCAAAUAUUUUAAUUUUUAUUGCUCAGCUGAAAAAAAAAAAUUUGGGCCUUAAAAUCACUCUUUGAUUAUUAGAUUAUUCUUUACCAGUUUGUGCUUUUGAAACAUCCUACAAAGAAUCUCUACAAUUAGAGUCUGGUCACGGUGAUUGGUGCGCCAUAUGUACCUCUCUCUAACACUUUAGUUAAAAAUGGCAAUUUUAGGUCGUGUCCAGAUUCUAAUUAUUGCAGUUUCUUUAAUAUUACAUGCGAAGAACCAAUGGCAAACCAUUUUAAAAAAAUCAUUUGGAACAAUCGUUGAUAAUAUUAACACUUACAAGGGUAGCUGACUCUCUGGCAAUUAUCCAGAGACUUGGAUAUUCGUUUUUUUUAUUGGGAAUUCACAAACAAAAACUGCAAAUCUACCUAUAGGACUGCAGAAAUAUAAUUCUACCUUACAUAUCCACGUUAAAUGAAUUCGCUAUUAAGAUUCUUGUUAAAAAUUCAAUCUUUAAAAAAAUGUUUGUCCAAUUGCAAUUU